CACUUCGGUCUGAAGUAAUAUAAUGGCUGUGUCGAUCCGGCAAUUUCUUGAGUUUAUUGUAAUAAGUAUUAGUGUUCUUAUCCAUGGGAUAAACGGCCAAACGAACCGUUGGAUUAAUGGCCACGCAACCUUCUAUGGUGUCAACCAAGAUCCCUCCACCUUCGGUGGCGCGUGUGGUUAUGAUAAUCCGUAUCAUGCCGGAUUUGGAGCACACACGACGGCGUUGAGCUCUGCGCUGUUCAGAAACGGGGAAGCAUGCGGCGCUUGCUACCAAGUGAGGUGCAACUACAGGGUGGCGCCCAAAUGGUGCCUCCCCACCCCCGCCUUUGUCACCGUCACCGCCACCAACUUUUGUCCCCCCAACGGCAACGGCGGCUGGUGCGACUCCCCCCGCCACCACUUCGACAUGUCCUUGCCCGCUUUCCUCCGCAUCGCCCGACAAGCCAACGAAGGCGUUGUCCCCGUCCUUUACAGAAGGGUGGGGUGUAGGAGGAGAGGGGGGGUGCGUUUUACGUUGAAAGGGCAAUCGAAUUUUAAUAUGGUGAUGAUAUCUAACGUGGGAGGAAGUGGAGAUAUAAAGAGUGCAUGGAUGAGAGCAUCUCGGACAAGAACAUGGGUGCCUAUGGUUAGAAACUGGGGAGCCAAUUGGAGCACCAGAUUCGACAUUCGAAGCCAAACACUUUCUUUCAGACUAACCUUGACCAAUGGCAAGACCAUGGCCUUCUACAACGUUGUACCUUCUUCAUGGAAGUUUGGGCAGACUUUUGCCUCCCGCAACCAGUUCUAGCUAACUAAGCUUAUACCACAAACAACAUGCAUGCACAUAUUUUAUUUUGAUGCAUUGCAUGCAUUAUCUGUUCCGAAAGAUGCAUUAUAUAUUUUCUUUUAUAAUCAUUGUUAUACAGUUUCUUUUAAAAAGUAAUGUUACAUACAUGUAUAUGCAUGCUGAAGAGAGCAGGCACUCUUUAUUGUUAUGGCUGGUUUGUGGGCUUGUAGAUUUGUUAAGGCAUUAUUAUUUGCCAUAAUCAUAUAAUCCCACAUGGAAAAAAUAUUCCAAAAGCCAGUGUAAUCUUUUUUAAGUUCCUUUAAAUUUAUGUUUCUAGUUAUAUGAUUUGACUUUUUACUUAAUGCAAAAUUGUGAUUUAUAUUA